UUGACUCUGCUGUUUUGUUUACAACUGGAUUUAACUCUUUGUCACGGCGUUGGACUUUAAUCCUACACAUAAUGUUUAAUUUUAAAGAAUUGGCAUCUCACGCCUACCGCCAGUACGAACUGGUUACUUGCAUCAACAUGCUGGAGCCCUGGGAAAGGAAGUUAAUCAAUGGAUUCUUCCUCAUUAUGAUGACUCUGGUAAUCUUCUCCAGUUGUGUUUAUCUGCCGAACUACCUUCAAAACCUUAUGCAGUUUGUGACGCCUCCAGCUUGGCUUAAUCCUGGAGAAAAUGUGGCUUAUGUGGCACAAAAAAUGGCUAGAAGCUAAGCUGCAUUCCCUUCCCAUUCUCCCCAUUUGAAAGACAAUUUUGAUUUUAUUGUGAUUUACUUUGACUGGUCCAAAAUCUGUAUAUAUUUAAUCGUGCCAAGCAAAAACCGUUUAACCCCA